AUGCUGGCCGACUCGGAGAGGUACGAAGCCAAGAGGGCGGAAGUAGACGCCUGGCUGUCGAGGAUGGAGUUGAGGUUCGCUAGGAUGCCACCUGUUGGCAACACUGCGGAUGUUCUCGAGGCUCAGAUGAGAGAACAGAAGGCAUUCCAUGCUGAAUUGCACCAGUACAAACACCACAUUGAACUGUUCAGCCAGCUGACCCAGAAGUUGAUUGCAGUUUACCAACAAGAUGACACUAGUAGAGUUAAACGAACUACAGAGGCAAUAAAUCAACGAUAUGAAGAACUCAACUCUAGCAUUAUAAAUCGUGGAAAGGGCUUACACUCUGCAAUAAACUCACUUCACAACUUUGACAGAUCUUUAGAGAAGUUUCUAGCUUGGCUGAGUGAAGUUGAGUCUGGGCUUGAGGCAGUGGAAACAGAGGCAGAUCGGGAAGGCAAACCUUCACAUCAGCUAAAGGUAGCAGGAUUCCACUCCAGCUCACAUGGCCAGAUCAACUCAGCAGGGGCUGAAAAGAACAUUCCAGAGUUCACCUCUGCCUCAGAUUGGCCCUCGGAAAGCCCUGAUCUCAACCCACUAGAUUAUCAGCUUUGGUCCAAACUGGAGAGGAUGGCAUGCCACAGAGCACACCCUAACUUGGAACAAUCUCUGGUCCGAGCAGUUGAGCGCUUUCCUCAAAAAGUGCAGUGUGGUACUAUUGAUGACUGGCCACGGAGAUAA